AUGACUUGGAUUGGAAAGACGGUGCGGAAUGUAACAGGCGCAAGAAAUAAUGUGAUUGCUUCACCGAACAAUGGUGGAGAUGUUGAUUACGAAGAAACAUAUCUUUUUGCGGAACGAACGAGAAAUACUAAUAGUCUGAGUCCUGAACAAGCAUUCGCUCAUAUGAUGAAAGCUAUGUUGGGCACUGGAUUACUCUCAUUACCUCUCGCUUUUAAACAUGCUGGAUUAUGGGUGAAUUCUUAG